CAAUAACAAAAAUUCGAUCCAAAAAUCUAUUUGGACCAAUGUCGGAUGCAUAGGGCGUAAAUAGCCGUCGUUGUUUAUGACAUAUAAACAAACUUUUUUUUCUGACUGUUGUUGCCAUUGAUAUUUUUAAUGGAUUUAGUGAUGAUGAUGAUGAUGAUAAAUAAAUAAAUUUGCUAUUAUAACAUGUAGGCCUUGACGGUGGAGGACAUUAUGUGAAUACGAGUAAUUUGGCCGACCAAUAAUAAUAUACAAAGAAAAAAAAAUUCCUUGAUUGAUUGAUCUGUUCAGAAAAGUUUUUUCUUUUAUCAUUUUUUCCUUUCAAAUAAACAGAAAAAACAUUAUCAUUACUCGGAAUCAAAUGACAAUGUUAUGCUAUCAGUGUGUUUGUCCAUGAGAAUUUGUUUUUUUUCGUUUAAAAAUUAAAAAAAAAUUCAGCAACUUCAUUGGGUCUGAUUGUUGAUCGAUCGUAUUGAUUGAAACAACAACAAAAACAAUGUCAACAUCAAAGAAUUCGAUUCAUAAACAAUAUUCAUUGGCUGCCUGUGAAUUUGGCAAUGCUAACAUUACAACUGCUGCCGGUUCAGCUGUCGAUCACCCACCACCACCGUCUUCGAUGAAAAUUAAACAUCAUAUCCAUAACUUGUUCGAAAUGAUUGAUAAAGAAAUCGAUUCGUUAAUUAAUGAAAACAUUUUAUUGAAAGAACGUAUUGAAACGCUUGAAGAAUUGAUUGAAAACACUGGAACACAACAGACAACAUCAACAGCUACAGCUAUUGGUGGUGGUGGUUCGACAAUUUUAACAACUACAGCAUUACAUUCAUCAUCAUCAUUGGAUAAUGCUGGUAAUCUGAUAAAUCGAAACAUUUUGUCACAACAAAAACCAUACCAUCAUCAUCAAGUACAACAACAACAACAACACCAACAUCAUCAUCAUCAUCAACAACAACAACAACAGCCGACACCAUUUUCCGUUAGUUCGGUCAAACGUGACUCAAUGGUUGCAGCAUCACAAUUAUCGCAGAAAAUUAAAUCAACAUAUAAACUAAAAACUUCUAGUAAAAUAUUCAAAGGUCAAAGUAAUAGCAGUAGUAGCCAUCUGAUUGGUACAUAUGAAUGGCAUAAAGAUGGUAUUUGGUAUAUAACGUCAAGCCAAAAAAAUGGCCAUCAAUAUAUUGCUACGGCUUCAGCUGAUUCGACCAUUAAUGUUUGUGAUGUGACACGUAUUGAUUAUAAUCUAACACCAUGUGUCAUCUAUGCUGGCCAUCAAUCAUCGGUUAAUUGUGUAAAAUUUCAUUAUGCUAAUGAUCUCGUCUUAACGGCUUCUGGUGAUGGUACAGCUCAUAUAUGGCGAUUUAAUCCCGAUUUAUUUCGGUCCGAUUAUGAUGGCGAACAAAUGGGUGAAGAAGCUACGAUCAUUAAGACACCGUUACAUGAAUUAGAUGAUCAUCAUAAUGUAGUCGUAUCAUGUGAUUGGAUGUCUGGCCUUGAACAAUGUGUAACAGCAAGCUGGGAUCAAAUGGCCAAUAUCUAUGAUUAUCAAACCGGUGAAUUAAUUGUACAAUUAGCCGGACAUGAUCAAGCAUUGACCGAUGUUUGUGCUUGUGAAUCAACAAGAUUGAUUGUAACAUCAUCACAUGAUACUACAUUUCGCUUAUGGGAUUUUCGUGAUGCUAUACAUUCGGUUAGCGUGUUCCAAGGCCAUAGUCGAUCGGUUACAUCAACUUGUUUUUUGGGUGCAGAUAAAAUUCUUUCCGGUGGUGAUGAUCGUAAUGUUAAAGUUUGGGAUCUCAAAAAUAUGCGUUCACCUUUGAUCACUAUUUCUAUGGAAUCUGGUAUUAAUAAAUUAUCUGUAUCACAACAACAUAACUUAUUUACCAUACCGUUGGAUAAUCGCAAUGUUCGUAUCUAUGAUAUAAACGGUAAUCGUAUCUGUCGUUUAUCACGAGAUUCCCAUAAUCGUAUGGUAACAUGUGCUACUUGGCUCGAUCCGACCAGCACUAUUACUGGUACAUCAACAACUUCCAACAUUAUUCAACAAUCAUCACAAUCACAACCACAACCACCACCACCGCCACCAUCAUCAUCUACAUCGACGGCUACAUCAUCAACAUCGAUGAUUAUGUCACCACCACCACCGCCAUUAUCAAAAAUAUCGGAUACAAGUAACACUUCUGCUAUGGGCACUGGUAAUGGUGGUUCUGAUUUUUUCAAUAACAAUAACAAUACACUUACAUUGUUCACUUGUGCAUUUGAUCGAAGAGUAUGUGCUUGGAAUAUAGUCAUUGAAAAAUAGUCAUCCAAAUCAAUCAAUCAAUACACGCGCCUUGUUCUAAUUAUAUAUAUUGAUCUCGUUUAAAAAAUUCAAAAAAUCAAUCAUUUUUAUCCCAUGAACACACGCAUAGGUAUUAUAUUAUUUCCUGAGAAAAAUGAAAUGAAAUUUUUUAUUUACAAAAAAAAUAUUUUUUCUUUGUUUG